CCUAGUCAGUAAUUGGUAAUCAAGUUUCCUGUCGUAUUGAGAAAAAAUGAAAAUCGCGUAUUUCCAUUAAAAAAUACUGGCUAAUUUUGUGAAAAUAUACAAACCGAAGAAAUAAAAACGGUUUAAUUUCGGGUGCAAUACAAAUUUUAUAAUUUAUUUAAUAUUCUAACGGGAAAAAUAUGAAGAAAAUAUUCAUGAAAGUUGCUACUCGAACCGACGUUUUUAUGCGAAAAUUUUGUUGGGAAGUGGUGGUUUUUUGUGUGUAAUUGGAUUGGAGUUGAAGAGUUGAGUUUUUUUCUUCUCGAUUUCUUUUGACGUGUUCUUAGCAAACAGAAAGCGCAAAGAAUAGUAGUAUAUUUUUUUCCAUUGCCUUUCUUUAUGGAAGAGCAAACUCUAACGAGACAUUUUAGAACAAAUAAAAAGAUAAAAUAACAAAAUAGGGGACAAGAAAUAAGUUUACUCAAUAGAAAGUCGAGCAAUACACCCUCACCAUCAUCAUGGUGGUCUCGAAAGACUCCAAGCGUAAGCGUAAGGAGUCAUCUCCGCCGCCGCCAACAACACCGCAACAGCAACAACAAGCAUCUACUGCUGUAGAGUCAUCACCCGAAAUGCCCAAAAGGACAAAAGUUCAAGCUCAGCGAAAAUUUGCACAAGGACAGAGUGCACCCCAGUCAUCCUAUAGCACAAUCGUUGCAGCAUCCUCCUCUUCGAACACAGGUCCCAGCACCUCAUCAGAAAGUCGAGAACCUCCAACCGAAAUACUUCCCAAUAAACGACCAAAAACUGAAGAUUUCCUAACAUUUCUUUGCUUUCGUGGCACAUCGGCUUUACCACCCCAUUUGGAUUUUCUCAACCAAGGAAAAUCAAAGGAACCAGUGAGACCGGUGAAAAAACCUGUGAAGCCCGCUGUGAAAAAGAAAGCCAAAAAAGGCAGGCCUGCCAAGGGUGUUAAGCAAAAGGAUGAAGAGGAACCACCAGUGCAAGAAAAUUCGGAGAAAAAUGCGACAAGCACAGCAGAGAAUAAAGAGGAAAUUUCUAAUGUCGAACAGGAAGCAGAAGGAGAGGAGGAAGUGGAGGACACUCCCUCGUAUCCUGUGCGAAAACGUGCCGAAGUUAUUACAGAAGGUAAUCGUCGCAGUAAUCGUAAUUUUGAAGAUAAGUGCAAUAACUCAACUGCUGAAACUGCAAAAAGGAGAUCGAAUCGAUCCACAAAAGGCAACAAAGUCAUGCUCGAUCAUCUGUCUGAUGAAGAAGAGGACGAAUAUCUAUCUGCUCUUGAUGAGAAUAGUAAGACUAUAAACUCUGAUGCUGAAGCAAAAGAUCGCAAAUCCCUUAAAACGCCAUCACAGAUGGGGAGAAAAUCGGAAUCGCCUUCUAAAGAGAGUGAAACCACUAACAAGUCACGCAAAGGAAGAUCUUCGUCAGCGCUAAAGAAAAAAGAAAGCGAUGAAAAAGAAACACCAAAGACGGAUGUGAAAGAAAGAGCACCCGUUAAACGUCCUAGACAGAAAGAGUCUCCUAUUUUUAUACCCUCUCCGGAACCUUCGGGUCGUAUGACAAGGCAACGUGCUUUUUUCGAACCUGUAAAAGUACCCCCACGCGAUGGAGAGGACAUCACAGAACCCGAAAAUAAUGUUGAUAACAAUCUUUCCAUAAAAUCAGAGGAGAAGAAAGAAACCCCCAAUGAAAAUGAACCUCCAAAAGAAGAAAAGCAUGUUGCGGAGCAAAAUAAACCUAAAAGUGAAGGAAAACCUCAGCAAGAUAAUGACAAAACAACAUCUCAAGCCAACGUCUUUGACUUCUCCUCAGACGAUGAGCAACCUUUGGCAAAAACUAUUAAACUUAAAAAGGGCGUCGCAGCAAAAGCAAGCCCUAAAAAGACAAACCAACGAGCAGCGAAAAAGAGCCCCCAGAAAAAGCCGGAAGAAGACCCACCGCCUCAAUCCAAUGAAAAUAUCGUAAAGAAUUCCAAAGAAAUAGGUGAGGAUAAGUCACCCAAGGAAAUUAACAGUGUUGAAAACCCUCCUCGCAUUGUGGAAGAAUCCCACAAGCCUAAAGGAAAACGUCCCGGCACAGCAUCUAGCCCUGCAAAGAAUGCUAAGAAAAAGGAAGACGAUGAAUUGCCAAAUUCUGCCGAUAAAGAGUUAUCGCCUCCAUCGCCAAAGAAGGCAGCAAACAAUACCAGACAUGGUCGUAAAAAAACAAAAGGCGAAACUGUAGAGAAAUCCUCAAAAGAAGAAAAUGCAAGCGAAAACAUUCAGAAUUCUGUUAGUCCUACCCGCAAUCAAAGGCCUUCGCGUAAAACCAAGGAGGCAGCAACAAUUUAUAUGGGUAUUAUAGGCCAUCGCUUGCAGCUUGGCGAAGACGAGGAGGACGAUGUGUCGCUAAGUAGUUUUGACCGACCAAAUGUGCGUGAAAUGGAGAAAAUUGAGAACGAAUUGAAACGCAGUUCUGCGGAUAAGCCACCAUCUUCUGUUUCACCUACGCCGAAACAAAGCAAAUCUACAGAACCAACAGCAUCUCCACCAACAGGUGUUGCAGCAGCAGCCCAACCACCACAGCCACCACCACAACCACCGGCAAUAACACCCGAAAAGCCUACAACGGGGCGCAGAGGUCGUCCUCCUAAAAAUGCUAAACCCAUUCCUCCAGCGAAACGCGAAAUUGAGGGAAUGCUUGUUAAGAAGGGAGUGAUUGCAAAACUUACCCAGUCAACAGAAAACUUAACCGAGGUUAAAGACAAUAAAACGGAACCUUCUAAAACUGGUACUGAGGACGAUGAGGAUUUCCUGUUAAACGAGGAGCUUAACGAGACCAAGCGUAAAUUAGAAAGAAGUUUUAGUGAUUCCGAUGAUGAGCCGUUAGCAAUUAAAGCCCAUGUGAAGCCGAAUGAAAGAGAUGAUGAAUCCAUUCAGAAAACAACAUGCAAUGUUGAAGGACAAGCUUUAAAUACAUUGGCAUUGACCGUUCCUGCCCCCGUUACCACAGUCCCUGUAACAACAACCCUCCCAAUGUUGGCGUUGACAACAACCAAACCAGCACUUGUAAACACUACAGGAACAGUGGCAGCCGCAACAACACAAUCACCACCGCCACCAAUCAGCAACAUAAUUGCGACAACUAUUUCGUCUAUAGCACCUUCGACAACAACUUGUCCCAUAGCUUCACCGCCACCCAGCAAUGCGUUCUCUAUUCAACCGCCAGCUCCGGUCACACCCACAUCACAGUCUCCAUUUAAGAGCAUCGAAAAGAAAUCCCCAGUACCUACUUCAAAAAUUCUGAAUGUCCCAGCCACAUAUGGCAUACCCUCUUCUUCGCCUUCAACAAACCUAGGCAACUGCGGUCUAACAACAAGUUUUGGUAAAUCUCCAAUGUAUGUGCCGCAGUCUCCAGCCCACUAUCAUUCAUCACAGUCGCAGCAGCAGCCGCCACAACAGCUGCAUAUACGUCCUACAACUUCAAGUAUUCCGCAAUUCCCGCUGCAGUCUCCCGUCAAGACUUCAUCAAUGGUAUCACCAGCUUUAAACAGCUCCUCACUACAGACCCAUAUGGCAACGUCUCCCAUGCAAAUGCCUCCACAGUCACCCAUGAAAUAUCAAACACCACCCACAACAUAUCCUCCACCCAUCGAAGCCUACCCUUCGCCUAAAAUUAAUCCCAAUUUUUUAACGCCUAAAUUCGAUCGCAAUACCCUUUCAAGACCUGGUCAUACUCCUGGAAAUAAUAACAAUUUCCCUUCACCCUCCCCAGUGAAAUUCGAUAUGUCUGGAUCUAGUAGUGGGUUGCUAAAGAACUCGUCACUUUCCGGCCCAAACAUCACCAUGAGCCCAAAGACUUUAUUGUCAGGCACUACGAACUAUUUGAGUAAUAAUAAUAUUGGCGGCUCUACCUCGGCACUGGCCCAACCCAGCAACGAUCCUUUGAAAGACGAAAUUGGAAGCAUACUCGCGGCAAAUCUGAUGCCCAGUAAGGAGGAGUCGGGGAAGAUUUUCGGUAUCGCCAGCGUGAGUCUAGCCCAAAGUUCUGGGCCGGACAACACGAAAUGUACUUUGGGUAAAUGUGGAUCUAUCCAUAAGCCCGUUUUGGGUCCCGUAGUUCCCACAGAAAGCUAUAUAGGGGACCAAUUGUCCGGCAAGGAAAGACGCAAGGCGAAGGUUAACAUGACCCAUGAACAAAUACACAAGUGGCUUAUAGAAUGCUCUUCGAAUCCCGAUGAAAUACAGGAUGACUUGGACGAUGACUUUGACUCGGAUUUGAGGCCAAAUAAUUUCAGUUCGACUCCACCGCCCACACGUGAUGACAAAGAAAGUACAUCUUUCAGUUCUUCAUCGAAAGCGACCAGAGAUCUGGGAAAAAGUGAAAGCGCCUGGUCAGCAAAGGGCCCGUCACUAAAGGCCACGCCUGUUGUGGCUUCAAGCAGUACAGCUGUUAAUAAUCGCAAGGAGGAUCACAAAAUAAUCGAACCAACAAGUCCACCUCAAGAGGAUGAAUUGGAGAAGAAUUCACCUCCUUUGAAUCCAAUUUUCGAUAAAAGUGCAACAAACAAACAGUCUCCUGCGCCCGGCAGUGCCGAUGAAAAACUAACACAGUCUGAGAAGUCCGAGAAGAAAAAUGAAAAUAAAAAAUCCACCAUCAAAGAGGAAACUGCAUUGGGUAAGACUGUCGCAAAUGAAGUAAAACAAAGCAAAACAAUCGAGAAGGAGGCACCAAUUCCAACGAAAACAUCACCAGCCAACCAAAAACAGAGCGCCAAUCAAAAAACGGCUAACCAAAAGAAGGCUACCUCUUCACCUGUGCAUGCGACCACAGUUGCAAACACCAGCACCGCUACAACCACAAACAAACCCGGUCGCAAGGCCAAACAUGUUUCGGAGGAAUCUGACGACAAGCCCCUUAUAUUAAAAUCCAAAGAUUCCACUACGGAAGCGGCAGAUGUAAUGACGACACCAAAUUCAGCACCAAAUCGCACACCAAAACGUACCCCUGUCUACCAACAGAAGCAAACCCCAAAACAGCAAAACUCAAGCACAGACCCUAAAAUAUCAGCACCAACAAAUAAUAAGCGGGCGGCGGCUAUAGCCUGCAAUGCUGCCUUCUCAGUGGACAAUGAAAAAUCCAUAUACUCAUUUGACAAGGACGACGAUGAUGUUGCUGUCCCAGCGAAGACAGAAAAGCCUUCGACCUAUCGACGCCAGAAUCGGAGGGACUCUAACAUUGAUAAUGGCACCAUUCACGCAGCACCCCCGGCCACCCAGCGUACCGCACCAACAAAGCCUAAACGGAAUGCUGCUGCAGUUGCAGAAAUUGCUAACAAAGAACUAGCCGGUGGUAAUUCCCAAACCAGUUCAGUGUCACUGACACUGAGUCCCUCGGAGAAAAACAAAUUGGUAAAAGUAAGUCUAGAUGCUGACAACAAGCCGGGCAAGACCGCAAAUGCCAAAGGCGCUAAAGGUGGCAAAAAGGCGGCAGCUGAGGCGAAGAAGGCCAACAACGAAAAUGAUUCCGAUUCAGGUGAUGGACACACAUUUUACAUACCGCUGCAAGGUAUAGCUAGUGGUGGGGAUGGAGAAGGUGGCAUACAAGGUGUUGCCGUAAAAUUGGGUCGCGAAGGUCCCGAUGGACCCAAUCAAAAAGUAAUAAUGCAUGCCACCUUAGUUACCAAAGCUCAGAUGAGGUCAAACACCAAGCCCAUACCCGAAACCAUGAAUGUCUCGGAUAUUGUGAAAAACUUGAUGUCCGGUGAUAAAAAGAGCUCGUCAAGUGGGGGACCUUCCACAUCUGCAGCUGCUGCGGCAGCCGCCAACUCUUCUGCGAAUAGUUUAAAAAAUGUUCCAAUUGGUACCGUGCAACCUCGUUUCAAAGGGGAUUCUGCGACGACUGCAGGCCCAUCUACAUCUACCGCUGGCGGUGGUGCAGCUGGAGCUCUUCAACGCGUUAAUUCUAAUUCCUCACUAUUUUCGGGAUCCGUCAAAUCUCGCAACGCCGCAGCAGGUGCAUCAAACAGUGGCCCCACCCAUUUGGCAAAUAAGAAAUUCAAGGAUGACGCGCCCAUAAAAAUGUCCAACAAUACGGCAUUCCCACGUCAUGAUGAUCCCACGCAAAUGGUAGAUGCCCCCAUAUUUAGACCUACAGAGAAGGAAUUUGCCGAUCCCAUAGAGUUUAUUGAACGCAUCACACCGAUAGCUGCUCGCUUUGGUAUCUGCAAGAUUAUACCACCAGCAUCCUUCAAACCCGAAUGUCGCAUUGCAGACGAAAUGCGCUUCACCGCCUAUAACCAAUACGUGCACAAGCUGUUGCAUCGGUGGGGACCAAGUGCAAAGGAAUUUUGCGCCAUUAAAAAGUAUUUGGCCACACAGAGCAUUGUCAUGAAUCAUCCACCAUGGAUUGGUGGUAUGGAGGUAGAUUUGCCGCGUCUCUAUCAUACCGUUCAGGAACUGGGCGGUCUUAAGGAGGUCAUCGAAAAGAAGAAGUGGGCUCGAGUAGCCGAGGAGAUGUGCAUUCCAAAGCUAGCGCAGGAUCGUGUUACGAAAUUGGAUGACAUUUAUUGUAAAUAUUUAUUGCCGUACGAUACUCUCUCACCCGCAGAACGGCAAAAGCUAUUCGAUGAAGUUGAAGCUGAUUGGGCGAAACGAGAAGCACGGGCCCGAAGAAACGCCGACCGUUUUGUCAAUACCGAAAGUGUUUCGAAUGAGGACGAUGAUGUCUCUUCGGAAAAUGAUGAAGAAGAAUCGGAAGAAGAGGUGGAUGGGGUAUCAAUGGAAUGCAUUGUAAAGGGUCGCAGUAUGCCUUUGAGUCAAUUCUAUCGUAUUGCCCGCAAUACAAUGGCUCUGUGGUUUAAGAACACAGAACCCACAGUAAAUGAAGUAGAGGCAGAAUUUUGGCGUCACGUCGCCGUACGUGACAGCCAUGUGUGCGUACAUUCCGGCUCAAUUGACUCUUCUGGUUGGGGCUUCGGCUUUCCUAGUCCAGGGCCCAAAGGCAAAGGUUCCAAUUACGCUCGCCAUCCCUGGAAUCUGAAAGUGCUGACGAAUAAUCCCGGUUCGGUACUGCGUUCAUUGGGUCCGGUUAUGGGCGUUACGGUGCCAACUCUUCACGUUGGUAUGCUUUUCUCAGCCUGCUGUUGGUAUCGUGAUCCCCAUGGACUGUCGUGGAUUGAAUACUUACAUACGGGUGCAUCUAAAUUGUGGUACGGCAUUCCAGAUGACCAAAGUGCCAACUUUAGAGCAGCUCUCACUUCUCUCAUUCCCACGCACUGUCAAAACAAAACCAUUUGGUUACCCUGUGAUACUGUUAUGGUACCGCCACACAUGCUCACCGAUCGUGGUGUAUCACUGUGCCGUAUCGAACAGAAACCCGGCGAAUUUAUAGUCGUUUUCCCCCGAGCAUAUACCUCAAGCUUAGCUACCGGUUAUGUGGUUUCUGAGAGUGUCUACUUUGCAACAACAUCUUGGCUGGAUUUUGCUAAAGACGAUUUUCGUGACAUCCAUGAUAGCUGUGAACCUGCUAUGUUUUCAUUGGAACAAUUACUUUUUGCUUUGGGCUACGAUCAACGUGUAUCGCCCGAUGCAAUGCAACAAAUGCUACCCAUGUUGCAAGAGGUUUACGAAAAGGAGUCGGCCGCCCGUGAGCAAUUAAAGGCAACUGGGGUAACAUCUACGGAAAAGGUUACUAGCGAAAAGAGUGGCAAGGGUAAAAAACAACAACAACCUCCACACAAAUCCAUUGAAAGUGAAUGCGAUUUUUGCCGUGCAAAUCUCUAUAUAUCGAUGGUACGAACAGAUGAGGGUAACAUCUACUGUCUCCAACAUGCUCUGAAAAAUCUCAACAAUGGCAAUAUACAAGCAAAACAAUGCAAACUUAUCUACGCCUACAACAUCGAUGAUAUCGAGACCCUAAUUAAAAAUCUUAAAGAACGAAUACAACAGAAACGUGCAAUGGGCAAGAAACAAAAAUAGUCUUAUAGUAAAAAAUUCUCUUCAAAAAAGAGAAAAAAGAAUUAAAUGACGAUGACGAUGGUGAACCUAUAUAUAAAGCAUAAAUCGAAUGUUUUAACUUUACAAUAAAGUUUUGGCAUACACCAAGGACAUAAAUUUAAUGUAAAAUGUACAUAUUUACGUACACACACACACACACACACACAGGCACACUUACCUAUCGACAGCCUAACUCUAAUGCCAGAAGGAACCGUGCUUGAAACAACGCUAUACCAUGGACAUCAUCUGAUUCAACAUUGGGUACAUUGAUAUGUAUAUUGUAAAUAGAAGUCGUAUGUAUUUACGCAAAAUAUAUUUUUAAUUAUAAAAAAAAGCAAAAUAUAUAUACAGACAAACAUUUAUUCCAGAGAAAGCAAAUGCAAUUAUUGCAUAGAAAAAAAAACCAGAAAAAAAACAAUUGAAAGUAGGCAUUUUCAAUUUCUUUUUUUUACCACGAAAUGAAACUGGGUGUAAUUUUAUUUUUGUUUUUCGCUUACAAAUCAUUCAUAUAAGAAAAAAAAUAUCAUAAACACAAACGUAGUUAAGCUUCUUUUUUUUAAAUAACAGAUAAAACAGCGUUAAUCUUAAAACUCUAUAUUCAAUGUUUAAUAUAACUUACAUUGUACUACUAAGACAAAAAAAAAGAUGAAAAAAAAACGAAACAAAAAAUUUAAAUAUAUAGUAUAUACUUUAUUGAUUGAUUUGUUAGAUGAUAUAAAGAAAAAUCUCUUUAGAUUUGUAUUGAUCGAUCCUUAAUCCUAAUUGUAAAACGACAAAAAAAAUAGGUUCAAGAGAACAUACAUACAUAUGUAAUAAUUUUUUAUUGGCCCAAUGAUACCCCCAGACUUCGCUACAGACCCACCAUUCCUUUCAUUUAAAGUUUUCCAACAAAACAAGAAUUGUUUUCCUUUUACCCAUGAAAUGUAAUUCCUUAGUUGUGUUUUUCUCACCUUCUUCACAGUUAGUCUUAUGUUUUUAAAACAUUCGAGUAUAUUAUUGAAAAGUGAAGAAGAAAAAAAAAAUACAUACUUGUGUUCUAAUAUUUUUGUUCUCAUACAUCUUAUGUGUUAACCAAUUUCCUUUCACUAAUCUACUUGUGUUAUUCUUUUUUUCUUUUCUAUAUCUAUAGAUAUUGAUGUAUUAUUAUAGAUUUGUAGAUAUUAACAAAU